AGCUUGACGUCAGCGCGCAGCGGCAGCAGGAGGGAGCGGCUCUGGUCGAGCGACAUAGACACAGAGUGGGAGAGAGAGAGAGAGAGAGAGCAGCGGAGCGGACGGGUGGAUGAUUACAGACAGUCAGGAUGCGUGAAUACAAACUGGUUGUUUUAGGAUCAGGAGGAGUCGGCAAGUCAGCUCUGACUGUCCAGUUUGUUCAGGGAAUCUUUGUGGAGAAGUACGACCCGACGAUAGAGGAUUCCUACAGGAAGCAAGUCGAGGUCGAUGGACAACAGUGUAUGUUGGAGAUCCUGGACACAGCAGGAACAGAGCAGUUCACGGCGAUGCGAGACCUGUACAUGAAGAACGGUCAGGGCUUCGCUCUGGUUUACUCCAUCACGGCUCAGUCCACCUUCAACGACCUCCAGGACCUCCGAGAGCAGAUCCUCAGAGUGAAGGACACCGAGGACGUUCCGAUGAUCCUGGUUGGAAAUAAGUGCGACCUGGAUGUGGAGCGCGUGGUGGCCAAAGAGUCGGGUAUCGGCCUCGCCCGCCAGUGGAACUCCUGCGCCUUCCUGGAGACCUCGGCCAAGAGCAAGAUCAACGUCAACGAGAUCUUCUACGACCUUGUGCGACAGAUUAACAGGAAGAGUCCAGCUCCGGGGAAAACUCGCAAAAAGUCCAACUGUCAACUUCUCUAAUGACAGUUUUCUGCUCACCUGACCGACAAACCAACCAACCAACCAAUCACACCACAUCUUCCAGCUGGCCACGCCCCUUUAACACAAACGUGUCAUCAUCAACAUCAGCCACCUCUGACCUCUGUUCCCGUGACGACCACAUCUCCCAUGCCCCCUUCACCACACUGUCUGACGGAGACUGUUGCCUUGGAAACAUAAAAAAAAUAAAAACAAACAUCAAAAAGACUGCAGCGGCGACGACGAUGAUGAUGAUGAUGAUGAUGAAGAUGAUUCUGCGGUUGCAGGAGUGGGGGCUGUCCAAACAACUGCCCAAAUUUAAACUACAGUUCCCAUCAUGCUCUCUGCUAGGCCAUUUUGCGCUGGGGGAGUGGCUUCUUGCUUUGAAUUUUUAAAUGUUUGUUUCCUUUCUUUACAUUUUCCUUAUCUUCCAGCGGUCCCGAGCCCUUCGCACGCAGCUUGACCACUUUCGCUGUCAGCCAUGUUGUUGCCACGGUUACCCCGGUGAUGUCACGGCUAACAUGGCCGACCCCUGUGCGUGCGGCUCUGGUCGAACCUGUGGAUCCAUACAGUGGUUAUUAUUAUGUUUCUGUGUGAAAAGAUAUAAAAGUCAUUUAAUGUU